UUUUUAACUGUCAAAUUUCGUUGUCAACUAGCUGUCAAGUGUUUGUCAAAAAAGAAGGUUGGUCGUUUUCUUUUUGAUAUGAUUCAGGUAGAGUUCGCGAUCGCAUCGUUGUGAGAAUAUGGCUGCGGAAAUAAAACCAGCGAUGCAUACGAACGAAAGAUUUUGUACAACGAAAAAACCGCAAUUACUUGUAAAAUUGGAAGGUUGUAAUGAUGAGGUCAACGCGGCCGUUUUAUUACCGGGUGAAGACGGUGUUAUUAGUGUGUCUGAUGACAAAACGGUUAGAGUAUGGUUAAAAAGAGAUUCGGGACAAUACUGGCCUAGCAUUUGUCAGUAUAUGCCUAGUGGAGCUACUUCAUUAUGUUACACCUCCGAAACACGACAAUUAUUCAUCGGACAAGAGAACGGUACAGUUUCUGAAUUUACUUUAGCGGCCGAUUUUAAUCGAAUGAUGCCUACAAGAGAAUAUUUAGCCCAUCAAGCAAGAGUCACUGAUAUAAUUUUCGCAUUAAAUUGUGAAUGGGUACUUAGUGUUAGCAGGGACAAAGUGUUUUCUUUUAAUUGUACCCAAACGGGAAGGAAUAUUGGAAUUUAUACGGCGGAAGCUUGGUGUACAGCUUUAGAAUUUGAUAACCAAACCAAACAUGCUUUUGUGGGUGAUUAUUCCGGUCAAAUCACCAUGUUAAAAUUAUCAAAUAAUGGAAUAACUGUCAUAACGACCUUGAAAGGUCACGCUGGAUCCGUUCGUACUUUAGCUUGGGAUGCUGAUCGCCAAAUGUUAAUUAGUGGUUCGUUUGAUCACACUGUUAUUGUUUGGGAUAUUGGUGGUCAACAAGGAAAUGCAUACGAAUUGCAAGGACACCAAAAUAAAGUUUCCGCAUUAUGUUAUUUAAAUAGUACGAAACAAUUAGUAAGUGCAGGUGAAGAUGGUGUUUUAGUAUUUUGGGUCAUGAAUCAAAAUAGAAAAGAAACGCCUGUAUGGAUCGAAUCGGACAGUUGCCAAUUGUGUAAUCGUCCGUUCUUUUGGAACUUUCGAGCUAUGAUGGAUCAACGUCAAUUAGGAUUGAGACAACAUCAUUGUAGACAUUGCGGAAAAGCAGUGUGCGAUAGAUGUUCAUCGCAAAAACUUUGUAUUCCUAUUAUGGGAUUUGAAUUUGCCGUUCGUGUAUGUGAACCAUGCUACCUCACGUUAAAAGAUGUAGAUAGACCAUCUUUAGCGACUUUCCACGAUGCUAAACAUGCAAUAGUAGCGAUGUGCAUUGAUGAAACUAGGAAUAAACUGCUUACAGUUGGUCAGGACCGUGUGAUUAAAAUUUGGGAUAUUUCAGCGUUACUUUGAAUUAAGGCUCUAACUGUAAAUAUACUGUUAGGUGAUAAGUAUUUUAAUAUUAAAAUAGUCGCCCCUGUUCCCCUCCUUCCAUACGCUAUGAGAUUUGUAAAAAAUGAAAAAGUAAAUGUUUCAAGGGCUAUGAAAUAAUUAUUAAAACCAUAAUUGUUAUACCUAACAAAAGAAAUUUUGCAUAUUAUCAAAAAAGAUAAAAUUAAUCGUGCUAAUAGUUAGAAAUGGGACAUUUUAUGUGUACAGAUAGUUGUAAGCGUCAUAUCUUGUGUAAUGUACCUUUACAUUUAUUCAAAUUAUUAUUAGUUUAUAUUUAUAAAAUUUUAAAAAAUA